AUGUCAAAAGCAUUUGAUAGAGUGGAUCAUAGUUUGCUUUUAGUCAAAUUAAAGCAUAUCGGAUUACCAACCUCAUAUUUAAAAUGGUUGUCUUCGUAUAUUUUAAACCGACAACAACAAGUGACAGUAUUGGGAGCAACCUCUAAACCUCUUCAGGUAGCAUCCGGAGUUCCACAAGGUUCGAUACUUGGCCCAAUUCUGUUCUUGGUCUACAGUAGUGAUAUUUUGUCUCCAUGUGAUCGAGGUGCUAUGUAUGCAGAUGAUUUAAAAUGUUACAGGUCAAUUAAUUCCCACGAUGAUGCACAUUUAUUCCAAACAGAAAUUAACUCUGUAAGUGUUGCAACUGAAAACUGCCACUUAAAUUUUAAUGGGUUAAAAUGUUCUGUACUAAAAAUCACUCGGAAAAAAAACACUGUUCAAUACCCCUACCAACUGAAUGAUACGCCCUUACCUUUGGUCAGCAAAAUUAAUGACCUUGGCGUUUUAGUCACGUCCAACCUUGACUGGAGUGAUCAUACGUAUAAAAUUUGCAAAAAAGCCAAUAAAAUGUUAGGUCUGCUUAGACGGUGUACUUUAGAAUUCCACAAUCCUCAAACUAGGCGGCUGCUUUACCUCACAAUUGUUCGAUCCAGUUUCUCGUACGCAAGCCAACUAUGGUCUCCGCAAAAAGUUGAGCUCAUACAAGAAAUGGAAUAG